AUCUAGAAUCAGUAAUCACAGUUUAUUUUCAUUUUCUCUCAUUUUAUCUUUCUCGUUUGACUGGAAUUCAAAAACGUAAUAAACUAUAAACUAAUCUACGACGCCGGUACAACGUGUUCUGUGUUUUUAAUUUUAGGUUUUAGCUCAAACUCAAAGUGAUUGUUUUUCUUUCUAUUAAAAUAGUUAAACAAAAUAAGGCUCAACAAGUGAUGUAGAUUAAAACGUUUCGUUUUUGUUAACGUUGUUGAAAAGUUUUUAUAUCUUAAGAAGAAUUGACUAAUUUUAAUUAUGGAUGCCCUUAAAACUAUGGUUAGAAGUGUACUGACUUCUAGUCCAACAGCAUUAACUGUUGAUAGGCUGUGUAAAGAAUAUAGGGAUAUUUUAGGUGAAAAUAUUCCUUUCCACAAAUAUGGUUAUAAUUCAGUGGAACAUUUUUUAAGGGAUAUUCCAGACACUGUACAGUUAGUUGGUACCGGACGAUUUGCUACAGUCAACUUGGUGUUUUCUGAAAAAUCAGCCCAUAUUGCACAAAUGGUGUCAAAACAAAAAUUAGCCAAAAAGAAAGCACAUCAGCCCUACCAAAGAAGAACAGUAGUAGUUCCACCACAGCGUUCAACGUACAAUGUCGACAGUAUAAGACCGGCUGAAAGGCAAAGAAUGGUAUAUCCACCAAUUAAAUCUUCAUAUCCACCUACACAGAAUAAUUCCAACAGAAAUUCUCAAAUGCAAUAUCCACCAAGCAAACCUUCAUAUACACCUACGCAAAAUAAUUCUAACAGAAAUAACUCUCAAAUGGUUUAUCCACCAAGCAAACCUUCAUAUACACCUACCCAGAAUAAUGGUAACACACAUUCUUCUAAUUACAAACAAACUAUCUAUGGACCUCCUUCACCUUCAACUUCAGGACACUCAACUGCUGGCACAAGUAGUCCAGAACAGAAUGAAUCAAAUGCCAAGCCAUUUGAAUAUAGAAGUAAUAACGUAGAACAGAAGAAAUCAUAUGGCAAACCAUUUGAAUAUAGAAAUAAUAGCGUAGAACAGAAGGAACCGCCUACCAAGCCAUUUGAAUAUAGAAGUAAUAGCGUAGAACAGAAGAAAUCACAUACCGAACCAUUUGAAUAUAGAAAUAAUAGCGUAGAACAGAAGGAAUCACAUGCCAAGCCAUUUGAAAAUAGAAGUAAUAGCGUAGAACAGACGAAAUCACAUACCGAACCAUUUGAAUAUAGAAAUAAUACGAUAGAACAGAAGGAAUCUUCUGUCAAGCCAGUUGAAAAUAGAAAUAAUAGCGUAGAUACUGAUCUUACUCCGAAUGUACAAAAUUUAUCGAUCGCAAAAGGCAGUUUAAGUACGGUUAGAAGAACGAAUAAAAGUUUAUCACAAAGCCAUGUUGGUGCAAUCAAUAAGUAUUUAACUCAAAAUAGUCUGUUUUCACAAGACGCCGAAGGUAAUGUGCCUGCCAACAUAAAAAAUAAUCUCAGGCUAUUAAUACAAGAACAUCCUGAAGGUAUGUGGUGUACAGAACUUCCUAUUUUUUACAGGAAAAAGUUUAACACGGAGUUGAAAUUUUUUGAGUUGGGCUUCAGAAAUCUCAUAGAACUCUGUAUGGAUUUAAAAUCAGUAUUUCAUUGGGCAAGGCCUGGUCAAGGCGAUUUUAGGUUAUAUGACAAGAGUAAACCAUUGCCUGAUAAUGCAGAAAAGAAUUUCACUGUAGCUAGUUAUUCCAAACCAAUAGAAACCAUUAGUAAACCUCAGGUUGACGGUGCCGUGCCUCCCCUUGACUGGGAAGAUGUAUUAGGCUUCUUACCGCAAGAUGUACUUCUACUAGGUGACGAAAUACCUCGGUAUUUUGUGCCUCGCGAGACAACUGAAAACGACAUUUUAGAUGUAGUAGUUUGUGAAAUAUGCGAUGCUUCAAAAUUUUGGGUUAUUGCAGAUAAUGGAAAGCUGGAUAAACUUAUGGAUGAUAUGCAGGAGUUUUAUAACAAAGAUGGAGAUAAAUACAAGAUACCAAAGGCACUUAUACGCAAAGGACUAUAUUGUGUCAGCAUAAUUUUUGGGGAAUAUCACCGAGGUCUAAUUACAGAGGUCAUGAGUAAUGGUAAAAACAGAAUAUUUUACAUCGAUUAUGGCACCAUAAGAAUAGACACUAAUGAGUUAUACUUCCUUCAUGAUCGGUUUUCUGAAUUACCGGCCCAGACACUUAGAUGUAAAUUGACUGGCAUUCAACCCCCUAUCAAAGGAGCGGCAUGGUCUAAUGAAAGUACACUCGAGUUUAAAGCGUUGACAAAAACAGACAAAAAAUAUGUGGCUAAGAUAUCAAGGAUUAAAUGGGAGGAGCAAGUAUUGGAAGUUUUUUUAGCUGAUGUAUCGAGUACACCAGUUUUCUACAUAAAUGAUCGUUUAGUAAAAAAGGGUCAUGCUGUAUACGUUGAUCAAGAGCAGCAGACAAUUAAAGUAGAUUCUUUAAGCAGACAAUUAGUAUCCAAUUUGCAUUUGUUUCCGACUUUCGUGGAACUAGAAUAUGGAUUGGCACCUUCCUACGAAAUGGACAAUUUUUAUGAUCUGAACGUUCCCAUAAAGUUUUGUUAUCCCCAAUAUUUCGAAACGGACUAUAGUAAUGAAGAACGUUCAAUUGAAGAACGUUUCAAGACUUAUGAAAAGGUGGUAUUGAAAACACUAAGAACCCAAAAAUUUCAGUUUUCGAGAAAAGAUAUUGAGUAUUUCGAAGACAAAUCAAUUGAUUACGACUUUUUUGGCGCAUUAAGAGACGAAAUUGAAGAAUUCGCAUUGAAACAAAAACUGGGCAAAAACACCGAAAAAUUAAAUGAUCACAGUGAAGAACAAAAUCAAAAUAAAGAAUUAAGUAUAGAAGAGCAAGAAUUAAAGAUUGAAGGCUUAAAAGAACUUACAGUAAAUCGAAUGCUUUCAGAAGAUAUUCUCAAAGACAUCACUACUAUAGCUACAUAUUCGGACGCAAGUGCAGAAGAGUUGAUGAAGGAAUUAGACGUCAUGUCAGAAUAUACUGAAAGCCAUGCUUCUAUAUACACAGAAGGGAAGGAUCACGAAAUAAAUCAUAGGUACUAUGACUACGAAAAAAAUAGUGAACCUUCUGAUAAUCAAAACCGUCAAGACCUGGUAUUUUCAUCACUCACUAGUGCACAAGCUUCAGAUUACGGUAGUGACGUUUAUCAUGAUUUAUCCGUUGAUAAUAUGAGUCGACAUAACUCUCAAUACCCACCAGUUAAAAAUAGAUUUGAUUACAUUAAGCAGAAAAUAACGUCACUCCAGUUACAACCUGAAGACACGACAAGUGAACCAUACUUCACUGGGGACGAAAUUACUGCCAAAAUCAGUGAAGGUAGUUACACAGAAAAACAGAAAUCUACCAAUCCCUUUUGGAAUUCUGACGAGGAAAACGAGAAUAUUAGCAGGCUACAUCCAACAAAUCCCUUUUUAUAUCAUCUUAAGAACGCAGAAGAACCUUCGCACCAAAGAACACUUGAUGUGUCUACUUCAUUAUCCUCUUACAGUGAAGUUGAAAUCCAAAGACAAUUGAAUGUGGUUAACCGUGCAAAUUCGGUCUUAACGUCUACAAAUAAUCCAAUACAGGGUAACAAUGCAAACAUUUCCACCACUUGCCAAACUAAUAGAAAUUUGAUGGUUAACACUGUAAAUCCUGUCGUAACGACUACAAAUAAUCCAGUAAGGGUUACCAAUACAAAUGUAUCCACUGCUUGCCAAACCAAUAUUGACAAUGGUCGAUCAAGUUUAGAUGUUAACGCUCUUCCAUUUUUCCCUACUUUUAGUUGUACUGUUCCAGUCAAUCCACUUCCUGUCAAUCCAUAUUAUGCAUACAACUUACCUGCAUAUGAUCCCACUGUUUUUUGCAACCCUUAUUAUCAGCGAACGUUGACACCUUCAGUUUUGAUGACACCCUCGUUUACGCCGCAGCCCCAAAUACUCACAAAUUUCAACAAACCUAGAUGUCCUCCUCCUCCGGGUUUUUUACCGAAAUAAAUACAAUGAUUUGGUAGAAUUUUGUGUAAUAAGAUAUCGUCAAUGAUGUAAUCACUGAUAAGUUUAAAGAAAUCAAAUGGAUGUACCUACUAAGGCGGUUCGAUAAGUACUUGCCUUCAAAAGAAAAAGUAGUCUUCUUUUAGCUCGAUGUUCGAUGCUCCACCUUCUUUAACCUGUCUGAAAAAUACGUUUUUUUCAAGGUCUGCAAAGUAGACUUCCGUGGCGGUGAUGAACUCCUCAUUCGGCGAGUGACUUUUUCAAGUUUGGAAACAAAAAGAAGUCUUCUUCUUCAUGUACCAUGUCCUUUCAGAACGUUGGUUACCAUCAUAGCUAUCCUAAUUUUAUUCACUGCCACCCUAAAUAGCAUGCUUGUAUCAACACCAUACCAAUCUCGCAAGUUCUUCAACCAUGAGGUUCUUCUUCGUCCUGAACCGCGUUUGCCUGCUAUUUUUCCUUGCAUAAUAUUUUGUAGCAACCUAUAUUUGGGACCUCUCAUUACAUGUCCUAAGUACUCCAGCUUUCUCUGGUUGAUGCUUUUUAUGAUCUCGGUAGUCUUGCUGAGACGUUCUAGUAUUGAGGAGUUUCGAAUCUUCUCCACCCAGGAAACUUUUAAAAUUCUUCUAUAGCACCACAUUUCAAAAGCCUCAAGGCGAUUUAGAUCGAUUUUAUUCACAGUCCAGGACUCGACACCAUAAAGUAAGACCGAGAACACGUAGCAGCGAAGUAGGCGGAUCCUCAAUGCCAAUUUUAGGUCUCUGUUACAUAACACCUUGGACAUCCUUCUAAAAGCGGCUCUAGCCUGCUCUAUCCUAGAUCUAAUUUCGCCGUGACUUUCUGCGUUAUAAUUUAGUUGCUGUAGAAGGUAAACGAUUUUAUCAACUUACUCAAGUUUUGUAUUAUUUACAUAUAUAGACGGUUUUAUAUGCUGCUGUUUACUUAUUACGAGUAUUUUGGUUUUCCGUAUGUUCAGAUCCAGACCUGCCUCCCUACAACUCUCAACGACACUAUCAAGUAGUGUUUGCAGAUCUUCUUGACUAGAAGCUAGGAGUACUGUAUCGUCCGCAUAUCGCAAACUAUUGAUGACUUCACCGUUCACAAGUAUUCCUUCUCGUUUUUCAGAAAGAGCUUGUCUGAAAAUUCUUUUGGAGUAAACGUUGAAAAGCAGUGGUGACAAGAGGCAUCCCUGCCGUACUCCUCUUUUAAUAUUAAGAGCCUGUGAUUCCACACCAUCUACUAAAACUGAUGUUGUUUGAUUCCAAUAUAAAUUUGCAAUUAUUCGAACAUCUCUGCCAUCCAAGCCUAUGUCUUUUAGAGCUUCGAUCAAUAUAGAGUGCUUAACACGAUCAAAUGCCUUUUGGAAGUCAAUAAAACAACAGUAUAUGUCUACAGAUAUAUCUCGACAUCUUUGAUCAAGUACGUUCAUUCCAAACAAUGCCUCUCUCGUUUCAAACCCGUUACGGAAACCAAACUGUGUCUCAUCCAGGUAUUCCUUGCAUUUAUUGAAGAUACGACCAUGUAUUACCUUCAGAAAAAUUUUCAAUAAAUGGUUUAACAUACUGAUGUUUCUAUAAUCAGCACAGGUUUUUGCUGUUGUCUUCUUAGGUAGAGCUAUAAACAGUGAAUUAGUUAGACCAGCCAUUAGGAAGUUGUCCGCUGGUAUAAAUGGUAUUGAAAAACGAAGUUAUAGCCUCUAAAACAUUGCUAUCAUUUAUAAGCUUGUAUAUUUCAGUUGGAAUUUCAUCAGGACCAGUCGCUCUGCCAUCUUCUGAUGAUUGUAUGGCUUUUAUUACCUCAGAGCGUGUUAUUAGGGGUCCGUCGCAGUUAGUAAUAUCGGGUGGUGAACUACUGCUAUCGCUUUCGAAUAGGUUCGUAACGUAAUUUUCCCAUUCUUUAAGUUUGUCCUCUACUUCAAAUAUUACUUUACCAUGUUCAUCUUGUAGCAAUGCAGUUUGUUUCUUAUUGAAGAUACCAGUCGCUUCUUUCACUUUUUUAUACAUGUUAAACGUGUCAUAUUUGUUUUCAAGUUCUUCAAUGUCUUGACACUGUUUGGCUAUAUGUUGACUCUUUGCUUCUCGUAUUUUACGUCGAAUUUCUUUUUGUAUUUUGUGUUUUUCGCUAAUCGCCGUUGUUCCAUCAAAUCCAAUAUGUCUUCUGUCAUCCAAGCCUGCUUUUUUAACUUUGACCUGCCUUGUAAAUUUCUCACAGAUUUCUUUUACUGUUGUUACGAUUUUAAUUUAAGCCCUCAUCGACAUUCUCACCGAUAUUUUCCCAAAUUAAAUUUUCGUUCAGUUGUCUUUGAACGGAUUCCUUAACUUUCUCGUCUUGUAAUUGGGCUGUAUCGAGACUUCUUUUUGAUCACCUUCUUUAAUUUUAAUUGGGUUACAGCUACUAUGGGAUUGUGAUCAGACCCAAUGUCAGCACCUGGAUAAGUUUUAACUGAUUUGAUGCAGUUUCUAAAUCGAUUUUUUGUUAGAAUGAAGUCGAUUUGGUUCCUAAUAAUUUUGUCCUCUGAUUCUGCAUUUGACUUCCAGGUGUAGAGCCUUCUCGGUGGUAGUUUAAAGUGAGUAUUCGAUAUAAUGAAAUCGUGUUCUUGACAGAACUGAACAAGUCUAUCUCCACGUUCGUUUCUGUUUCUCAAGCCAUAAUCCCCCACAAUUUUCAAAUAGCGUCCUUUGUCGACUUUAGCGUUAAAAUCUCCGAGGACUAUGGUAUUUUCUGCUGCUUUGACAAGAUCUAGAGCAUCAGUUAGAUCUUUGUAAAAUGCUUCUAAUUUGUCUUCAUCACUGGAUGAUGUUGGGUCAUAGGCCUGAAUUACAUUGGUAAUGAACGGCUUUGAACUAAAUUUUACUAGCAUUACUCUGUCAGAUAUGGGGAUAUAAGUUAAUACUGAUUGAGCUAAGUGUUUUGCUACUACGAUUGCAACUCCAUUAUAGUGAUUGGCAUCGGUAUUUCCGGCAUGGUACACUUGAUAUCCAUCUACGUCAAAUACUCCUGAUCCCGGCCACCGCAUUUCACUUAUUCCGAGGAUGCUGAUUUGCAUUCUUUUCAUUUCUUUUAUGGCAUUAUAUAUUUUACCUGACUCAAACAUGCUUCUGACAUGUCAAGGAUUUCGCAUAUUAACGACCUGAGAUACAGAAGUCGCACAGGGCCAAAUCUGGAGAAUACGGUGGAUGGGAUAACAGCUUGUAGCCCAAUUCGACUAAUUUAGCAUUGCAGACGGCGAGGUGUAGUCGGAAUGUUGUCAUGGUGGAAGAAUACUUUUUUCUUUCCCAGUUGGGGCUAUUUUUUCUACAAGUCGGCAUCUAAUCGACCCAAUAACGCGGCAUAGUAAUGACCCUAUGACCGUUUUGCCCUUUUUCAAGAAACUGAUAGAGAUAACACUUUGUGAAAACGGUGGCAUUACCUUUUCGGCCCAUAGGACAGUCUUCGCCUUCUUCGGAGCACGUUCGCGGGGUGACGUCCACUGUAUCGGCUGUUCUUUGGUCUCUGGUGAGUAACGGUGGAUCCAAGUUUCCUCGAUGGUUACGAAGCAACGUAGAAACUCCUUCGGAUUACGCUUAAACAGCCUCAGACACUGAUCUGAAGUGGUCUCAUGGUUUCACUUGUUUGCCUGAGUGCGAAAAAGCGGCACCCAUCGCGCCCGCAUCUUUCUCAUGUCCAAAAUUUGAUGCAGGAUAAUAGUCUAGUCGCAACAUAGUGGGUCCCGUGGGCACUUUUAGUUCAUCGCGAUUUGAUGGUGGUAUUAUAGGUUUUUGGGUCGCUGAAUCUAAUGGAAGUGGUCUGGAAGCCCAAAUGUGGUGCGUUUAAUUGUUAUUAACAAAUUAUGGUAAAAUUAGGUGUUUUUCAGGAAUUAUUAGAAGCCCUGUAAAUAAAUUGAUAGUGUUAAGGUCUUCUCUGGUGUAUUUUUGCUCGCUGAAUCGAAUGCCACUAGUCUCGAUUACUCAAAAUAUGUUCUUAUGUUGUUAAUAACAAAAUAGUUGUUUAUUCACCGAAAAGCUCGAAAUGCUCUAUCUACAGCAAGUUUGUAGUCUUUUUCAUAGUAUUUUUAUACGCUAAGUCGAUUUCCACUAGUCGUGAUAGCUUAAACCACGUUCCGACUUUCUCUUCUUCUUCUUCUUGUAAUAGGACUAUGUCCUGUUUCUUCUGUUACAGUCUUUGCUGCGAUCCGGAGCUCCAACUCUCGUACCAUCGUUUUUUGGGUCUUCCUAUGGGUCGCUUGGUGUUGGGCUUCUAUGUUUUCGCCCAAUGCGCCAUACGUUCAGGGUCCAUCCGAUCUACGUGGUCCCUCCACAUGCGUCGUCGCGCUCUUGUCCAUCUCACUACGUCCUGAACGCCUAGCUCUCUCAAUGUGUCUUCGUUUCGUACUCUAUCUCUGAGUGUGAUACCUCUUAUGGAUCUUAGGGUUUUCAUCUCUGUUGUUCUCAUUAUCUGUUUGGUCUUUGUUGUCUCGGCCCUUGUCUCAGCUGCGUAUGUCAGUACGGGUCUAACACAUGUCUUAUAAAUGCGGACUUUGCUUUCGGUGCUCAUAUAUUUAUUCCGCCAGAUUAUAUCCCUCAGGAAACCAGAUAUUCUCGCUGCGUUCAUUGCCUGCUGUUUUGAUUCUUGCCACAGAUGCCUGUCGCUAGAUAUUUCCACACCUAAGUAUCUGCAAUCCAUUACCUGUUCGAUUAUAUGGUCGUCCACUACUAACUUACAUCUAAUUGGGUUCCUGGAUAUUACCAUCGAUUGGGUUUUCUCUUUGGAUAGUGUCAGGUUAUACUUUUCGGCGGUUAUUUUGAAUUUUUGUAGUAGGCGUUGUAAGUCAUCUUCGUUUUCGGCUAUUAAGAUUGCAUCAUCUGCGUAGCAAAGUAUUCUCAUGGUUCGGUUACCCAUUUUCUAUCCCUGAUUCAUUAUGUUAACACUAUCUAUAACUUCAUCCAUUAUUAAAUUAAAUAGGCAUGGACUGAGGCUGUCCCCUUGUCUAAUGCCUGCAUUGAUUUUGAUUUCUUCCGUGAGCCCGUGUGUGGUUUUAAUUCGUGUUUUGUUGGAUCUAUUGAGCUCUUUGAUUAUGUUUCUAUACCUCUGACCUAUGUUUUUCUUUUCAAGGAUACUGAGCACGUCCUUUAAUCGAUCUCUGUCGAAUGCUUGUUUCAGAUCUACAAAGCAUAUGAACAUGGGCUUGUCGAAUUCUAUUGAUUUCUCAACUAAUUGUCGCAUUAUGAAAAUAGCGUCUAUUGUAGAUCUGUUUGGGCGAAAACCCUGUUGUUCUUCCGAUACACCGGCUUUCUUAUAUAUUUUUUGGGAUAGAAUUUUUGUCAAUAGUUUUGAUGUAGAAUUGAGUAGUGUAAUUCCUCGGUAGUUCGUAGGAUCUGUCUUUACGCCUUUCUUGUAGAUGGGUAUUGUUAUACUCUCUCCAUUCCUCUGGUACUGUCAUGUUGUUUACAAUUUUUUGGAAUGAUGUUGUUGUCUCUUCUAUUAUUUUUGUACCUCCGUAUUUAAUUAAUUCAUUUGGUAUAUUAUCCGGACCUGGUGAUUUCCGACUUUGUUAUUAAUAAAUUAUUGCAAAAAUACCGGUUUAUAGUACGUUCUCACAGUUUUUGCUCUACAUUUUAAAAAACCACUUGGAUUGACAUGCAAUUUGGCAUUUUCGUAGCUAACAUGUCAAACAAAACAAAUGAUAUUGUGCCGAUGUCUGCUCUUACCCUGGGGGUGAGUUUCACCCCUUUUCGGGGUUAAAAAAGAAACCUUUAAAGUGAGUCCGGAAGUGAAUACACUAAUUAAUUCUAAACAACUUUUGCUCUAUACAGUUUGUUCACUAAGUCAAUACUUUUGAAGUUAUUUGUUUUUUUUUUUGUUGAAAAAUGAACAUAUUCACUCGCAAAUAACUCAAAAAGUAUUGACUUAGUGAAAAAACUCUAUAGAAAAAAAGUUGCUUAGAAUUAAUCAGUUUAUCCAAUUCCGGACUUAUUUUAAAGGUUUAAUUUUUCACCCCCGAAACGGGAUGAAACUCACCCCCAUGAUAAAAGCAAACAUCGACACAAUAUCACUUGUUUUGUUUGACAUGUUAGCUACGUGCAUGCCAAAUUUCAUGUCAUUCAAGUGGUUUUUUUAAAUGUAAAGCAAAAACCGUGAGUAAACGUGCUAUAAACCGUUAUUUUUGCAAUAAUUUAUUAAUAACAAAACGGAACGUGGUUUAAGCUAUCAUGACAAUGACAAUCGAUUUAGCGUAUAAAAAUACUAUGAAAAAUACUACAAACUUGCUGUAGAUAACGCAUUUCGAGCUUUGCGGCGAAUAAACAAUUAUUUUGUUAUUAAAAAAAUAAGAACACAUUUUGAGUAAUCGCGACUAGUCGCAUGCGAUUCAGCGAGCAAAAAUACACCAGAGAAGACCUUAACACUAUAAAUUUAUUUACAGGGCUUCUAAUAAUUCCUGAAACACCUAAUUUUACUAUAAUUUGUUAAUAACAAUUAAGCGCACCAUAUUUGGGCUUCCAGACUACUUCCAUUGGAUUCAGCGACCCAAAAAACCUAUAAUACCACCAUCAAAUCGCGGCGAACUAAAAGUGCCCACGGGACCCCCUAUGUUGCGACUAGACUAUAAGACUUACGUGAUCUAAGAUGCCUAUUGUUUCAGCUACCUCGCGAACCUUUAGUCGACCGACGGUCUGCCAAUAGGCGAUCUUGGAUUUUUUUCACGUUAUCCGCCGUGGUAGCCGUUUUCGUGGCACCUGGGCGUGACUUAUCAAAAACCAACGUGCGACCACGUUGAAACUCGAUAAACCAAUUUUUUCGGUCGCCAUCGAAGGAGAAGAGUCACCAUACACAACAUUCAAGUGCUCUUUGAUUUCACUAUGCGGUUUCCCUUCCAAAAACAAUAAUCGAAUCACAGGCCAAUAUCGCUCUUUUUUCCUUUUUCUAAAAUACCCAGACACGCUUACUUUAACACGCGGUCAAAACAAAACUACGAGUUUGAUUCGGCUGAUAUUUUGACAUAGUUUGUCUACAAGAAUGUAUUAUACGAUAGUAGAUUUCUCUUGCGAUAGUGGCGCCAUCGGGCACAAGGUAAGUACUUAUCGGAGCACACACGUAUACAUGUAUUCUUAGUCCAGGGUAAUAAGGAUUUUCUCAGGACACUCAAAUAUCCAGGUAGCUGACUACUUUUUUAGUUAUUGUAGACCUAUAGGAAGAAAACCUACCUGUUUCCUGCCUAGAGUUCGCGUCCGUUUUUUAAUUAUUAACAAUUUAGUGCAAAAAUCGCGAUUUUUUCGAUUUUUUGCACCCUAUUCAACAGCUAAACAAUUGACAUAAAACUACAAAAUUAAAUUUUUUAGAACAUUGAAAA